AUGACUAUUUUGAUUUCACCUAAAGAAUUAAAUUUUAAGAAUAAACAAUCAAAUAAUAGAUUAUCAUUCACUGUUUCCAAUGAUAGUUGUAAACUUAUAGAUAUGAUUCUAUGUAUGGAUCCAGAUAUUAAUAACUAUAUAGAGAUACCUGAUGUACGUGGUGUUUAUGGAAAGAAAUGUUGUUCGGAACCUCAUAUACCAUUGAAUCCACAGGAGCAUAGAUUAUUCUAUAUAACUUAUACACCAAAGAAGAACUUGGAAAACAAACAGCUACAGGGUUCUCUAUAUCUAAAGUAUAAGAUUCAUGGUGAUUCCAAUGAACAUGUCAUCCCAAUUUCAAUUGAAGGUAAUUACAUAUUCUACUAUAGAUCUUAA